GGGGCGCUCUUCCCCUUGGCCGACCGUCUCAUCCCGCGCAACUUUGGGACAGCGGCCGUUUGGUGUUGAAUGUUCUCCUCCGAGAGUGCAUGGCUGGGGAAGCGAGGUGCGGGCCGGGUCCCCGAGGGGCCGCCGUCCGGGAGGCGGUGCUGCUGCUGCUGCUGCUGUGCCUGGGCGUCCCGACAGGGCGCCCCUACAACGUGGACAUCGAGAGCGCGCUGCUCUACCAGGGCCCCCCCGACACCCUGUUCGGCUAUUCGGUGGUGCUGCACAGCCACGGGGCGAACCGAUGGCUCGUAGUGGGGGCGCCCACCGCCAGCUGGCUCGCCAACGCUUCAGUGGUCAAUCCUGGCGCGAUUUACAGAUGCAAGAUCGGAGAGAAUCCAGAUCUGACGUGCGAACAGCUCCAGCUGGGUAGCCCUACUGGAGAACCUUGUGGAAAGACUUGUCUGGAAGAAAGAGACAAUCAGUGGUUGGGGGUCACACUUUCCAGACAGCCUGGAGAAAAUGGAUCCAUCGUGGCUUGUGGGCAUAGAUGGAAAAAUAUAUUUUAUAUAAAGAAUGAAAAUAAGCUUCCCACGGGUGUUUGCUAUGGAAUGCCUUCUGAUUUACGAACAGAACUGAGCAAAAGAAUAGCUCCGUGUUAUCAAGAUUAUGUGAGAAAAUUUGGAGAAAACUUUGCAUCAUGUCAAGCUGGAAUAUCUAGUUUUUAUACUGAGGAUCUAAUUGUGAUGGGAGCCCCAGGAUCAUCUUAUUGGACUGGAUCUCUUUUUGUCUACAAUAUAACUACAAAUAAAUACAAGGCUUUUUUAGACAGAAAUAAUCAAGUAAAAUUUGGAAGUUAUUUAGGCUACUCAGUUGGAGCGGGUCAUUUUCGGAGUCCACAUACUACCGAAGUAGUUGGAGGAGCCCCUCAACAUGAACAGAUUGGUAAAGCAUACAUCUUCAGCAUCGAUGCCAAAGAACUGAACAUCUUACAUGAAAUGAAAGGUAAAAAGCUUGGCUCCUACUUUGGAGCUUCUGUCUGUGCCGUGGACCUCAACGCAGAUGGCUUCUCAGACCUGCUCGUGGGAGCUCCCAUGCAGAGCGUCAUCAGGGAGGAAGGCAGAGUGUUCGUGUACAUCAACUCUGGCUCGGGAGCAGUAAUGAAUGAAAUGGAAACAGAGCUCCUUGGAAGUGACAAAUAUGCCGCAAGAUUUGGGGAAUCUAUUGUUAAUCUUGGUGAUAUUGAUAAUGAUGGCUUUGAAGAUGUUGCGAUUGGAGCUCCGCAAGAAGAUGACUUGAGAGGUGCUAUUUAUAUUUACAACGGUCGAGCAGAUGGGGUCUCACCAACGUUCUCACAGAGAAUUGAAGGACUUCAAAUCAGCCAAUCAUUAAGUAUGUUUGGACAGUCUAUAUCUGGACAAAUUGAUGCAGAUAAUAAUGGAUAUGUAGAUGUGGCCGUUGGUGCUUUUCGGUCUGAUUCUGCUGUGUUGCUGAGGACAAGACCUGUAGUGAUUGUUGAAGCUUCUUUAAACCAUCCUGAGUCAGUAAAUAGAACAAAUUUUGACUGUGUUGAAAAUGGAUUGCCUUCUGUGUGCAUGGAUCUAACACUGUGUUUCUCGUACAAGGGCAAAGCGGUUCCAGGCUAUAUUGUUUUGUUCUAUAACAUGAGUCUGGAUGUGCACCGGAAGAUAGAAUCUCCAUCGAGAUUUUACUUUUCUUCUAAUGGAACAUCCGAUGUGAUUACAAGCAGCAUAAAAGUGUCAAACAAAGCAGCUAACUGUAGAACACAUCAAGCAUUUAUGCGGGUUAUAAAAACUUGCUCACUCACGUUAUGGACUAGGAGAUCUGUUAAUAACAGUGUCAUGGAUCUACUCAAACUGGAUAAAUACAAACCUCAGUUAUGGUUUAAGAAAGAUGUGCGGGACAUCCUCACCCCAAUUCAGAUUGAAGCUGCCUACCGCCUUGGGCAUCAUGCCAUCAGUAAACGAAGUACAGAGGAAUUCCCACCACUUCAACCAAUUCUUCAGCAGAAGAAAGAAAAAGACAUAAUUGAAAAAACAAUUAAUUUUGCAAGAUUUUGUGCCCAUGAAAAUUGUUCUGCUGACUUACAGGUUUCUGCGAGAGUUGGAUUUUUUAAGCCACAUGAAAAUAAAACCUAUCUUGCUGUUGGAAGUAUGAAGACGUUGAUGUUGAACGUGUCCUUGUUUAAUGCUGGAGAUGAUGCGUAUGAAACAACUCUGCAUGUCAGACUCCCCACCGGUCUUUACUUCAUUAAGAUUUUAGAUCUGGAAGAGAAACAAAUAAACUGCGAAGUCACAGACAGCUCUGGCUUCGUAAAACUUGACUGCAGUGUCGGUUAUAUAUACGUCGAUCACCUGUCAAGGAUAGAUGUUAGCUUUCUCCUGGAUGUGAGCUCACUCGGCAGAGCAGAGGAGGAUCUCAACAUCACCGUGCACGCCACCUGUGCAAAUGAAGGGGAAAUGGACAAUCUGAAGCGUAACAAAGUGACUUUAGCAAUACCUCUCAAGUAUGAAGUCAUGCUAACUGUUCAUGGGGUUGUAAGCCCAACUUCAUUUGUGUAUGGAUCAAAGGAAGAAAAUGAGCCUGACACGUGCAUGGCAGAGAAAAUGAACUUCACUUUUCACGUUAUCAACACUGGCCAUAGCAUGGCUCCAAAUGUUAGUAUGGAAAUAAUGGUACCAAAUUCUUUUAUCUCCCAAACUGAUAAGCUGUUCAACAUUUUAGAUGUCCAGACUACUGCUGGAGAAUGCCAUUUCAAAAAUUAUGAAAGAAAGUGUGCAUUAGAGCAGGAGAAAGGUCCAAUGGAGACCCUGAAAGACAUCUUCAGAUUCUUGUCAAAGACUGAUAAGAAGCUACUGUUCUGCAUAAAAGCUGAUCCAUACUGUUUAAGUUUUUUAUGUAAUUUUGGGACUAUGGAAAGUGGAAAGGAAGCCAGUGUUCACAUGCAGUUGGAAGGCCGCCCAUCUCUUUCAGAAAUGGAUGAGACUUCAGCACUCAUGUUUGAAAUGAGAGCAACAGCUUUUCCAGAGCCUAAUCCAAAAGUUAUUGAACUAAACAAGGAUGAAAAUGUUGCACAUGUUAUCCUUGAAGGACUACAUCAUCAAAGACCCAAACGUUACUUCACAAUAGUGAUUAUUUCAAGUAGCUUGCUACUUGGACUGAUUGUACUUUUGUUGAUUUCGUAUGUUAUGUGGAAGGUUGGCUUCUUUAAAAGACAGUACAAAUCUAUCCUACAAGAAGAAAACAGAAGAGACAGUUGGAGUUAUGUUAACAGCAAAAGCAAUGAUAAUGAUCAAUAACGUCUUUCAAAUUGAGAGGACAACAGACUCAGGUUAAUCAAAGAAAUUUAAGACAUUGUUUACAACUCUGACUUCUCAGAUUUCUUCUAUGUGAUUCUUUUACUCAUGACCUUGUGACAUACUGGGUUUCCAUGCAAUGAUUACUCUUCAAGAGGAAAAUAACUGCAAAGGGAAUAUUUAAUAUAUCCAAAGAGAAUCUCUCAGCUUUUAAAUGGAUAGAAAAACACUAAGGCUUUCAAUUUAUUCAAGGUAAGUAAUCCCUCGAAGAUACUGCAUCUGAAUUCAAUCAUAUUGAGGAAGUAAACAACUCAUUUGGAGAAGUCUUGGACUUGAAAUAUCAUUCCUUUAAAAGAAAUUAUUUACCAUAUGUGUGUGCUUCAGUAAAACCAAUUCCGUAUCUCAGUAAUGAUUCAUUUCUAAUAGAUUUUCUGAGACUUGUUUGAAAAAUCCUGCUAAAUAUCUUCUAAGAACAGAUUUCCAAGAGCUGUUCCUAAAUUUUUGAAUGAAUAAAAGAAGACCACUAAUGUUUUAAAGUGGAUUUUAUCUUUAAAGACCUUUAUUUGUAAUGCAUUCAUGAUGGGCUCUGAACAACCAUUUAUUCAGCAGACUACACAGGAUUAUGGGCCUGAUGAGCAGACUUCAGAAUGAACUUAUACACUGGUUUGAGCUUAAUAAGAUGACUUCUGGAUAAUCGUUUAUACAGCUAUGGAUUUUUUUUUUCUCUGUAUAUACACAUAAGUUUUUAAAAGAAUAUAUGUUUAUAAAAGUAUAAAUCUGCUAGUCCUCUUAGAACACAUUUUUAUUAUGGGUACCUAGGAGUAAAUUUCUAAAAUCCAUUUUUAGUGAAAAUUUUUUUGCUAAUGAAAACAGAGCUUAAAAAUUCUAAUUUAUAUUCUGAAACAGAUUGUGAAUGUUGCACUUUAGCUGAUAUCUCAAAUAUUAAUACACUGAUAUAUGUAAAAUAUGGAAACUGUGCCUCACUAAUGACUCUUAAAAAUCAAAACUCUACAAAAAGCCUGAUUAGAGGCCAGUAUUUCAUACAAAUUAGAUACUGUGUAAAAUAUGGACUAUCAAAUUAAGCAAAUGUACCUCCUUGUUUAGAUGUUACUCUUUCUCUUCAAGUAGAUGUAUUAAAUGUUUUUAUCAGGUCUAUAAGAGCAUUCUCUUCUGCAUGGAACUAGAGAAACAAAACUUAGAAAUUUAACUUUACCGAUUUAGCUUGUUUUCAGUGAAUAUAAAUGUGACAUGAAUUCCAUGAUAGAGGUUUUAGUGGUAAGUAGAAUAUUGCCUUUUCAUUUGUAGAUACAAUCCUUUUUUGUAAUAGUCAUGCGUAUGAACUAGAUGCUGAUAGCUGACUAUAAUUUCAACUGAAUUUAUUUAUUUAUUCUCUGUCUUUAUAAUCUCUGUAUAAGGAAGCUGUGGCCAAAUUUUGAAAAUCUGUUAUUGGAAGUGAUCAUGUAGACUUCCCUCUAAUUUAUCUAUUAGGGGAAAAAAAUCUCUUUAGCUGAAGCCCCUGCCACCAGCUGUCUUUCUCAGACAGCUGAAAUUCCUAGAAGUUAUCCAUUCACAAGCCCUCCUUCUGUAAUUGCUGGCCCCAGAGAGGUUAUGGAAAGCAUUCAAGGAGUGAAACCCAGUCACCCAGAGCAGGAAGCCUCCUGAACUGUCCACUGGUAGUAAGCUUAAAAAAGUAGCUUUUAAAACUAUUAUAUAAGCAAAAGAUCUGUUUUUUCAUUAUAUAAAAAGCAAAUUCUUUCAGAAGAAUCUGGGAUCAGUGGUGGAGGAUGAUCCCUGAGGCCAUUCAAAUUUGGCUCAUUAUUCAGACAUGAUAGCAUUUUGGGUAUUACUGAGUACGCUGAAACCAGUGUGCUAUGAUUGGUAUUUUGUGUGGUUUAAAAUUUGUUACAAACUUGAGCCUGUAUUACCAAUUUUAAAUCACUAUAAAGAAAAUGAACAGUUUUCAACUUUCAGGGAAUAUGUCACAAAAUUGGUACCAUAACAACUGAAUUUUUUUUUUCUUUUGGCAAAAAAAUCUAGAUUAGCACCUCAUCAGGGUGUCCUUAUGUGACGUUCUGUCCACCUGUACCAGACUAUAGGAAACCUCAUGUCAGGACUGAUGGACUCAAAUCCUGAAAAGUUAAAACAAUCAUCCUGAAAGAUCAGUAACUCCAAAGUAAAAUAAUUUAGAUGCUUUAAGCAUAUGAAAUAGUUUCCAUUCUAAUACUUUCCAAAACCCAGAAUUUAAAUGGUUAUAUUUCCUAUCUUAAUUUUUUAAGCUCUAGAAGCUAAUUUUUGGUAACAAAAAUUAGCAAUUUUCAUUUUAAAAAAUAAGAAUUGGGUUUCCUAUUAGCAUGUUUUAAAAAUGGCCACAUUCCUUCACAUUAAAAUUCUAUUUUGUACAUUUAUAAACAAUUGCAGUUAACUUUGGAAUCAUUCAUUUCUUCCAUGCUUCCUCCAUAAAGAUUGAUAAGUCUUGGGUGUAAUCUGUAAAAAAGAUAUGUGUAAUCAUGUCAUCAACCUGUCAUUGUUAUCUUUCACACAUAUACCUAUUGAGUAUGGUACCUAAUACCCAAUCACAUCUACUGCGAGCUAACAAGCAUACAUUUGUGAAAGAGCUGCACUGUUGUAAAUGCAGGCCCUGAUAACUCAGCACCAGUAAUUCGUGUAAAGUCCAGGCAUUGUGCCGCUAGAAAGCUCACAGCUAGUGAGGUGCUCCUGCAUACUUCUCUUACCCGUUGAGUCAUAGUGCUUACCAACACUGAGUUUGCAUAGUCUUAAACUUGUUUCUGCCAGUUGUUACUUUACUUACAUAGUAUGUACAAUUGUUUCUGCCUCAAGUAAGUUGAAUACUUUGGAAAGACUGGAAAUUUCAAACGUAAAUUGUAAUUCUGCCUUCUCUGUACAGUUUAGGGUGAAUGAGAAUUCAGAAUGCCAAUAUAGAGACUCAUAAAAUGUGGCUGAGUGUACAUAACAACCGAAUAAGUGUAAAGUUAUUUAUUAAAAUUGUACCUCGGUCUUUAUGCUUCCCUGACUAAUUUAAAAAAAUAUCUAGUCGUGACAACAAGGCUUCAACUAUACCUAGUUGUGUGUCUACUGGUGGACAUUUAAGGUGGGAAAAUAAUUACACUUACUUAACAUGGACCUCUGAUGCAACUUCCACUAAAUCACCGUCAACAUUCCAAGGGAAACUGUUUUCUGAAGCAGUUGCUUGCCAUUCGUUCUCCUCCAGACUAGGUGUGCUAUUAGUCCUCGGGCGGAUUUUAACCUCUUCAACAGUGUAAGUCUCAACAAAUGGAAAAUUGAACUAAAUAAAACAAAUGGAAAUCAU